GUUUACUUUCCUCAUUGAUCCUGCAGCUUGAUACUCUUUCGAAAUCUCCGAUUUUCCACGUUUCGAAAGUCCUACCGAACAUUUCUACCAUUACGGCCGAUAAGUAAAGGUCCACGUCUCUAUUUUAGCCUAUUUUUGAACGUUUUCGUGCCUUUUUCGUAUUUAAAUUCAGAAAUAUAAACCGCGUGUUCUUGACAUAACAAAAAUGUCACAAUUCUUGCUCUCUUUUUUGUUUUUUCCAUAAAAUUCACUUUGAAAACAAUUUAAUUCAUCGAAAAGAAUUAAUUACAACGAUCAUUCUGAUGGAUCAUUUUCCUGUAGAAGUAUUAGAGCAAGUUUUGAACAAAAUAAGGUGCGUGGAUCUGUUUCCUAUCGCGCGUGUGAGUGAAUAUUGGACGAGUGCAAUCGAGGGCAUUGUUAAACGUCGGAUUUUCAAGUCAGACGUGAGGAAGGGCAAGGCGGAAAUCCUGGACUUGGCUGACUGCCACUUCAUCAUCAAGAAGGCUAACUCGAACGUUCUUCCGAGAGCGAGGAGCGCGAGGAGGAAAAACGUCCAGAGAAAGGAACUCGCCAAAUCUGUCAGGCGAACGCUUAGCCCAUUCGUGACCAGCACAACCCCUUCGACGCGUUCCGGCAAGAGGCACCAGUGCCUGAGAUUCAGUAUCAACGAGUUGUGCGUGAGCUCCGAAAUACUAGACAGUCUUCAGCCGAAGAUCACGUUCAGUUUUGCUGGUUCUCACAGCAUUUUUCGUGAUUUGAGGCAGUGCACCCUCGAAGUCCUCGAUGGCAACGAGAGGCCAAUCGAAACAAAAACCCUUGAUCGCCCCUUUUCUAAGUUUGAAAACUCGUUGAUCAUCGAAAAGUACGGCGUGGGCGUCCGAAGUGUCCGGAUUUUGUUCACCUUCGGCAAGGACAAAGUUCCAUCUCUCGGGACGAAUCAGUUUUUGUAUCUUGCAUCAAUUUUGAAGCUCUCAAUCGACAAGCACUGUGACUGUUGCUUUAAUUUUAAUGGAGAUAUCUGCUAAGGACUGCAAUAUGCGUUUCUAAAACUGACGCAUUAAUUUAUUUACCUUUUAAACUUUAAUUUUAUUGUAUUUGUUUGUGUACGUUAGGUACUUUUGUAAAUAAAAUU